AUGGCAGCUUUGCUUGUCAUCCUAGAUCGGAUGAUACCUCCUGGUGUAUCUGUCCUAAUCUAUUGGGUCUAUUUAAAUGGUUUUGCUUCAGCUUUUCAAGUAUUUGAAUUUCAAAUCUCUUUUAGCAAAACAUUUUUCAUCGUGCUUGAGCUCCAAAAACUUCCAUAUAAAUUUGUGAAGAAAUAUGGAGGAGAGCUAUCAAGUUCAGCAUCUCUAAAGCUUCCGGAUGGUUUAGAAUGGGAAGUGGAUAUCACCAGGUGUGAUUCUAAGGUUUGGUUCGAGAAGGGUUGGGAAAAUUUCUCUUAUUUUUACUCCAUUGGCCACGGCCACUUUCUGGUUUUUGGAUACCAAGGGAAUUCUAAAUUCGAUGUUUGCAUAUUUGAUAGAACAGCCACAGAGAUUGACUAUUCCCGAACUGUGGAAGAUGAUGAUUCAUCUGGUGAAAUUUUGGAGGACUGUCUAAGGGGUUCAAGGAAUUCAGGUUCUGUUUCUCGCAAGAAAAACAGGAACAAUUCAACUGGUAAACCAGAAAUGGAUGAUAACAAUGAUGAAGGUGAUGUGGGUAGUGAGGAGGGUGAGGAUGAAGAUAAUCAUUCUAGGAGAAUGCAUCCGGUCACAUCAAGUAUUCGAAAGGAAAUAGCUCUUCAGAGAGCUAAAGAUUAUGAACCCGCACUCCCUCAUUUUGUGAUUGCAAUCCGUACCUCAAGUAUCCCUGGAGGUUAUUUGUAUGUGCCAUCUGUGUUUAGCAAGACAUAUCUUGCUACGCAGCCUACUCACAUCAUGCUUCAAACGGUUUCAAAUAAGGAACCCUGGUGUGUAGAUAUGCAUUAUGAAAGAUCAGCAUGCAGAUUACGGGCUGGUUGGCCUGGAUUUGUGAAAAGCAAUAAAUUAGUGCUGGGUGAUGCUUGUGUCUUUGUGUUAAAAGACAGCAAUGCAUUUCUAUUUGAUGUUGUGUUUUACCGGGCCACAUAG